CAUUUCUUGUAACCAAAAGUGAUAUUUUUCCUUCCAUCAUUCUACAAUUGUUGCCUCGUUUCUAUUUUGACUAGCGAAUAUGUUCUUGUAACCUUUUGAGGUCUUUCUGCUGAUAGCGUGGCUUCAGAAAAGCAUCUUCUAAUUUAAGCAACAAACAUAGUUAACCAUAUGCCUUCACUGAUUACCCAACAUUUGAUCAUUAGGUUAGAAGUUUUGCCAUUUUAGUUGAUAUGUCUUCUAUUAGAAGGGCAGUUUUCAGUUUUCUUCCACACAUAUAUAUAUAUAUAUAUAUUUUCCCCCAUCAUUUUAGUUUAACUUUGCUUUUCAUUCACACUAGAUUGUUCUUCUGAAUGAUGUCUGGAGAAAAAAAAACAACAUUUUAUUUAGAUUGUCAGAGAGGAAUGCACAAUAACUAGCAAAUGCAACAUGUUUUGCCAUCAGAAUGCCUGAACUCACUUACCUUUUAAACCACAGGACUUUGCUUGAACAAAAUUUCAACGUAUAAUGGCAAUGUGAAAGCACACAAUCCAUUUGGUCAUAAAACGUUUGAAUACUUAUCUAUGUGUGCUUUCAGAUAAAAAUGUACCACAGUAUUUAAAUAAUACAGUUAUCUCAAAUGCAAAGCAAGGUGUACAAAGAAAAUUUGUUAGGUCAUUUUUUUGUUCUCAGUUUAAAAUAUUCAAGAUCAGCAAGUGGGACUAUAAACUGAAAGCAUACUUCUUUUCAGUCUACAGGGAUUUUCUUUAGCAUUAUUUAACUGUACUGACAGCCAUAAAUUGUCAGCGAGGCUUUUUGCUCUUGAUUUUAUUCAUCUGUGAAAAUUUUACAUUUAAUUUAGCUUGGAAUGGAGUGAUCUUCAUCUGAUUCACAUUAUAAGUAAACAACAACUCUCCCAGUAGUUGUAUUUUCCAUAAACUCUGAUCCUCCAUUGGCCAGAUGCAACUUUUUAAAUGUAGCAAUAAAUUUAGGCUAGAGGGAUAAAGUGUGAACUUUAUGCUGCUGUAUGAAUAAUAGGUUUACUGAACUCUGGAAACUUUCACACAUACAGUUCUCUGCAAAAAAAAAAAAUACUAUGUCAUACAGUAACUCUUACUUGAUACAUAUGAAAAGUAGGUUUAACUUUUGCUUUAAGACUAUUUUGAAAAGAUAUGUUUAAUCUGACAAACCUAAUCAGAAAAUAUAUUUUAAUUAAUUGCAUAUGACUAUGUAUUAAAAUUUCUUGAACGUAUGUAACACUUCUUUGUUCAUCUCAGGUGCAGUAGGAUGAGUUCAUGACAGACACAUUCAGGUUCACUGUAUUCAUUCUGACAAAAGAGGAAAUCAAGUUGGUGGUUAAUAUCAACAGUAGCGGAUGACGACAGGAAGAGGGGAUGAGCAGUCAUACAUUUUAAGAAUAAAUGCGUUUUGACAAACUUCACAUCUAUAAUAAUGACAUAAAACCUUGUUGCACAUUAAUGUUCCACAACAAUAUGACAAAAUUUACUGUGACCUUUACAGGAACUUCUUUUAGAACGAGGUUGUCCUCAUUUGUUUCUUGUUGCUAAAACGUUGCUACCGUCCAGUAGCAACCAUUUAUUUAAGACAUCCAUUCCUCCGUUUAUCUUCUGUGCUGUUCAGUUCAUUUGACUGAUGCACCAUGAUAAAACAGGUUUGAGGGGAACUUGUAAUUGGCUGCCUAACUAGACUAGCCUAUGGCAAAAAAAAAAAAAGUCCCCCAAAAUCUGAUAAGGCCUAUAAAAGACAGAGCAUCAGUCAGACACCAGAGGUCAUCCACAUCAAGAAGAACCAGGAUGGAGCAUUGCUUUGUAUUCCUUUUGCUGGUUGCAGGUGUUGCAUCAAACACUAUUGAGAAGAGGAUUCUUGGGAGUGCAUCCUGUGGCAAGAAUCGGCAGUACCAUGUCCAGAUAGAGUCCGCUCAGGGCGGAAAGUCCUGUGGAGGCGCUCUGCUUAACACCCGCUGGGUCAUCACAGCUUCUCACUGUGCAGAGCAGACAGUCAAAUUGAAGCUCGGCAUAAACAAUGACGUGUCCAUUUUUACAAAAGCUGUCUCUUGGUUUAAAGGCAACUCCAAAAAACACGAACAAACUAUUCUAGCCAAACAGCAGCACACCUUCAAAGAUGAAGAAGGAAAAGCCCAUGACAUUAUGCUCAUCCAGCUGAGUGAGGACAUGUCAGCCAAACUUCCCACCAUCAGCCUCCCUUCAGGAGAAUGCACAAAGCUAGAGCCAAACACAAAAGUGGAGAUUGGAGGAAUGGGAGCAAAGGCAAAAGGCGGUAAACCGGUUGGUGAGGUAAGAUGUGCCUCCACAGUGAUCUCUGAGUGUGGAGAGAACGAUAAACCUGACAGUAAAUACAGCAGCGGUGAAUCUACAAUCUGUGCCUUCAAACCUGGAGUGGAGUCCUGCUUUGGCGAUGCAGGCUCAGCUGUGGAGUACAAAGGACAUCUACAAGGAAUUGUUGUUAGCCAGCCUGUGGAUUCAUGUGCUAAUUCCAUUGUAAUGCUGGACAUCUGUCAGUACAUGGAGUGGAUUGGUAAAACAAUGAAGGAGAAUUGAUGAGUACGUUCCAGAUAUAUCUUAUUUAAUAAUUAAAAUGACUACCAUAUUUACCAUUUAUUUGUGCUUAUUAGUCAAACUAUAGCCUAUCAUCUUAGUGUGUAUAUUUAGAUGUGCUUUUCAAAUACUUCAAAAGCAUGACUUAAGACUAUAGUAAAAUACAGUACUUUUGUCCAGCCGCCCAUUUUACAAUCAUUCAUUUCCAUAAAUAAAAAAAUAGAACUAUCAAAACGUC